CUGACCUUUGCCCCAGCGCCCGGCCAGCUGCAUCCCAGCAGGGUAUAUAACUGGCCAGGCUGGGGCCAGGACCAGGGAGCAGAGCCGAGGAAGCCACGCCAGCAGCCUGCACCAUGAGGGCCCCGGUCGUGCUCGCUCUCCUCGCCGUGGCGCUCCUCGCCGCCCUUGCACGGGCGCAGGAGGAGCCGGAGGACACGAUUCAGGCCAAGAUGGAGACCUACAUGCAGCAGGCGACUCAGAGAAUCAAGGACACCCUCGCCUCGCUUGACGUGACCAGGCUGGCGCAGCAGAGCAGGCAGUGGGCGUCGGAGCAUCUGGACACCUUCCAGAGCUACUUGGAGCAGCUGAAGAGGACGUUCACACAGCCACAGACCAGCUAGGGAGCCCCGGGUCCACUGUGCCACCCGGGCCGAGGGCACAGAGCCCUGCGCCCGCCCCACAGCACGGCCUCCAUGGGGGCAGCUGCGCAUGCGACUCCCAUGGGCCAGGAAACCUGGGACCUGCCAAGGGUGGGGGGGAGGGAAAGGAAGCGGGGGAAGGGGGGUGUUUUCAGCUCUGAGUAAAGCAAGGGCUCGACCUUUGUCACUUCUUGCAAUAAAAGGAUGUGCCGUGGCACCUUUUUGCUGGA